AUGCAGCGUUUCACAACCGGGGGACCCAGCGCAGCCGUGCUCCGAGCCCGGGCUUCAGUUUCUGGACUCGGACUGUUUCUAGUUAUUGGUGCGGAGGCGCUGCCGGGGCUGGAGACAUUAUCCGCGGUACAGGCCGGUGCUCCGCGGGACACGGGAUACGGGAAAGCGGCUUUGACGACAGGACGCACGUCCUCACGCGCACACGCACGCAGUCUCGCGCGAGCUGCAGACAAACACUCGGUGCUCCUCCGCCGAGAAAAGCAGCGCGGUUUGGCUCCAGGAGCACAGACUAAAGUUCAGGCUCCAUGUGGAGAGCAGCGGUGUGAGGCUGACACGGCUGACGCACACGGGCUACGGGACCGCUCUGUCCCGUCACACCGCGGACACUCUUCUAUGAGAGCUCCGCUCGUCUCGACGGGAACUUUGCGUGUUUGUGCGUGA